ACUUAGCUAUCUCCAACACUGAAAGUGAUGUUAUUAAUAUCAAACGCUCGCUAGCCAGCGACAGCGGCUAACGUCAGCUAGUAUCAGCGUUGGCAUGGCUAGCAUGUUAUGCUAAUCAUUCCACAACCCCAAUGCUACCAAAAUAGCCUACGUUAAGUUGCUACUAGCGGUCCUCUGCGAUGCCAAUGCACUGUUGCCGGUAUAAAUUCAGCGGCAGCGGUGCUGGAAACGAUGGAAAUCAUCGUGGGUUAGAGGGCUGCAGGCUCGCUAAUGUAACGUUACACCGGGCAUUGUCCGUGUGCCACAGACACAUUUGCUAACGCUAGCUUUUGGGCAAAGGGCGUGAAAGCUGGCAUCACCGGCGGCUCGCCCGCAGCGGUGAGACCAGCGACACAUUGUGCUCUCUCUGCAGGCCCCAUAGUCAGCAAAACAAAAACACAUGGAGGAAAAAGAGGUACCCCGAGCUAUGGUCCGUUUUAGGACUGGGACAAUUUAGAAAACUUCACCGCCAAAGAAACGAGUUUGGGAUACACUGGGAGUAUCAGAUGCAUGCAACCUGUAUUUAGCAGCAGGAUGUCUGAGUUCAGUGAGGAGCCGCGCUUCACUAUCGAGCAGAUAGAUCUGCUGCAGCGGCUGCGUCGCUCCGGCAUGACCAAGCAGGAGAUCCUGCACGCACUUGACACUCUGGACCGGCUGGACCGGGAGCAUGGCGACAAGUUUGGCCGCCGCACCUCUUCCUCCUCCUCCUCCUCGUCCUCCUACGGAGUGGGCGGGGCAAACAACAACUCUGCCUCUAAUACUACUACAUCAUUCAACAAUAACAACACUGCCUCGGCAACCACCACCUCUUCCGCGUCAUGCAACGGCAACAACAGCGCCGAGGGCAGCGCCGGCGACCACUCUGCGGCCGCCGCGUCUUCCACAACCUCCAAAAUCUCCACCGCCACGCAGACGCAGUUCGGCAGCGGAGGGGGACUCUCGCCAUCACCCAGCAACAGCUACGACACCUCCCCACCUCCAGGGCCUCCGCCGCCUUCCGCCAUCUUGCCCUCACCGGUCUCACUGGUGGCUUUGUCACAAAACGGGAGGGAUAGUCUAGCUGCCACACCCAACGGGAAGCUGUCUCCCCCAAGAUACCCAGUGAACAGUGCGGCCGCAGUGCGAGCGUUUGGGUUUGAAGCUUCAGAAGAGGACCUGGACAUUGACGAUAAGGUGGAGGAGCUGAUGAGGAGGGACAGCAGCAUGGUGAAGGAGGAGAUCAAAGCGUUCCUGGGGAACAGGAGGAUCUCUCAGGCGGUGGUUGCACAAGUUACCGGCAUCAGCCAGAGCAGGAUCUCCCAUUGGCUGCUGCAGCACGGCUCCGACCUAAGCGAGCAGAAGAAGAGGGCCUUCUACCGCUGGUACACGCUGGAGAAAACCACACCAGGUGCCACUCUAAACAUGCGGCCAGCUCCGUUACCUAUGGAGGAGAUGGAGUGGAGGCAAACCCCGCCCCCCAUCACCACUGCCCCCGGAACCUUCCGGCUGCGUCGAGGAAGUCGCUUCACUUGGAGAAAAGAGUGCCUGGCCGUGAUGGAGAGCUACUUCAACGACAACCAGUACCCAGAUGAGGCCAAACGGGAAGAGAUAGCAAACGCCUGCAAUGCUGUCAUUCAGAAACCAGGGAAGAAGCUGUCUGAUCUGGAGCGGGUUACCUCCCUGAAAGUUUACAACUGGUUCGCCAACCGUCGCAAAGAGAUCAAGAGACGGGCUAACAUUGAAGCCACAAUCCUGGAGAGUCAUGGGAUAGACGUCCAGAGUCCAGGGGGACACUCCAACAGCGACGACAUCGAUGGAAACGACUUCUCAGAGCAGGCAUGUGACUUGCCCUAUUUUGACAAGAGACCUCUCAGCCGACCUUUUGGCCUUUACCGACUGGAGCCCACCUCGCCAACGCAGGACGACAGCGCGGCGCACAGCGAGCACCAGGACCCCAUCUCUCUGGCUGUGGAGAUGGCUGCCGUCAACCACACCAUCCUGGCCCUGUCCAGAACCGGAGGGGUCCCCAACGACAUCAAGACGGAGUCCCUGGAGGACGAAUGAACUGCACCCGAACUGGGAUGGAGGAAGCGGAAGAGAGAAAUGAGAGGGGAAAGGAAAGGAGGAGUAGAAAAGGUGGGAAAUGGGGGGAGUGGGGGCUGAAAAAAAGAGACCAAAAUAAUACCACUUAGUAAACCCUCUGAAUCUGUCCCUCAGCCAGCCCCCUGCCAACUGUUCCUUCUCUCUCGGCUUCCCUCCUCCCACAAAGUCCAUGUAAACAGUAAUUACCCACCACCCCCACCCCAACCUACCCAAUAUAUUGACACAGCUGGCGGAAAUGGGUCACCAUACGUCCUCUGAUCUCUGUGAAAAUGUUCUACGGAAAGAAGAAAAGGGGGGCAAUCCAGGCCUUUAACCCCCUCUCCCCUCCUCCCCCCAAAAAACGGUGGUCCUCGUCUGGGAUUGUGUCUCCCAGCACCUCUUUCCCCCCCAAUACACUCUCUCCUCACAGGAUACCUCUUCUCUCUCUUCUCCUCUUCCUCACUCCCCCUCUCCCCCCCAGCCUGGUUGUCUGAGCCGAUCCUCAGUCUAUCUCACCUCAGCGUCAACCUCAGAAAAAUAACGUGUACUGUAUAUAUAAUAUAUAUAUGGUUCUUAUGGUUCUCAGUCACACUCACCUCAUGGUGUGCUACCUUACCUACCUACCUACAUACCUACAUACCCCUCACAAUUCAACCUCUUCAUCAUGCAGUCUAUCGGAAGAGUGUCUGGGCACAGAUGGAUGCUGAGAGUGUCCGCCUCUCCCUCUCUGGCACCGAGGCAAGGAUAAUACCGGACAGACGGAACUGUCCAGUCACUGUCUUCUACCCUCUGUAGUUAUCAUUCCUCAGCGGAGUGGCUUUCUGUUUUCCUCCAGUAGAGCUGCUGUUGGAUGAAAACCUCUAAAAAGUCAGCUAAAAAAAGAAGUAGCCUUAAUUUCAUACGGACAACUACACCUUUACUUUUAUGCAGUAUACAGCAGGUUUUGAAGUUUUCUCCCUGACAACGAGGAAGAACAAGAAACUUUUUAGUACGCAUAUAAAAUGCCAGAAUAAAGUCCAACAGCAGCAGCAGUUUUAGUUCUUCCACCCGCAUUUCCCUCUGUUUUGAACCCAAACAGCGACUGGAUAUACAAUCAUUUUGCCAUUAGCUUCCCAGUGCCACUAUCGUUAAGUACUCGAGGCAACAAGAAUCAGUUUAGGGUCAAUGUGAUAAUCAAACUUAAGCUAUCUAAUAAGGGGAAUCGUGCUUUGUUUUUAACGUCAUCCAUGCCAAAGGAAAAGAUGCUCGGAGCAAAAAGCGUAGAGGCUAAGCUAAGACUGAUCUGAAAGCGGUGUUCGCAUUCACCCAAAGCGAUUUCUACUAACUCCUUUGGCGUACGUAGGUCAUUUCUCACGCCCAGUGAAGCUUCUUGAGCCAGUGUGGCGUCAAAUGUGGGCGUGGCACUACAGCGGGCCUGUGUCAGUAAAGGUAGGUGUUAGCAGCCAGAUAUAUAAUGAUUCAAAUACCCCUAAGCUAUUUACUACUUGUUCUGUGACGCUGCCUCUUUAUAAUAGCCUAAAGAAUGUGCUUUCAGAAGAUUUUUUUUUUUUUAAUAUCAGUGGUAAGAAAUCUAAAUCCACACUGGAAAUGGUUUAGAAUAUCAGAACUUCUGAGGCGGUUUCUGUUUUUAUUUCAUCUGUAUAGCCUCAAAGGUAAAAGCACCACUUUGAAGGGAAUACAAUACAUUUAAAGCGGUGACAUUGGAAAUCAUUUUCCACUUCUUGUUUUUUUGCCCCAGGUGGAACUUUUCCAAAACCAUCUUUGAAUUAAGAUCAUCAUAAUGUUAUAAGCAAAGAUAAAGUGGUGUGUUCCUGAAAGGUAAAGUCCUGUUUCUGGGGGCUCACGGAUUGUUUUUCAGUCUCAGACUGGUAUCUUCAAAUUUGGCCUUAGGGUGAGAGGGUUCAAAUAAAAGUUUAGAUUUUUUGGGGAAAUAAGCGUAUUCGCUCUUUUGUUGAGAGUUAGACGAGAAGAUUGAUACCACCCUCAUGCUUGUUUGCUAAAUAUGAAGCUAAAGCCAGGAGACAGAUAGCUUAGCAUGAACAGCUAGCCCGGCUCUGUCUAAGGUAAAAAACUCAAAUCUGUCCGCUAGCACCUCUAAAGCACGCUAAUUAAGCUGUUAUAUUUCGUUUUUAUUAAAGCCAUAAUGUUACAAAAAAUGAAGUUUAAAAAUGUCAAGUUGACCGACGGUUACGUGCUGAAAGUAUUUUUUGGCACAGUGACGUCCUGCACGCCUUUUCUACUUUUCCAGGAGAUAUAUGGAGUUCAUUAGUGGGCUUUUUAGGUGCUAGUCGUUAAAUAUGUUCACUUUGGACAGAGCCGUGCUAGCUAGCUGUUUAAGCCUGCUUCCAGUCUCCAUGCUAAACUGUGGCCUUGGCGCUAGCUUCACAUUUAGCUUACAAGCCAUGUGUUGCUAGGUGAGUUUCUUUUUUUUUUUACUUGAGCCAGGCUCUUAGCUGCAGCUUCACAUUUAGCGUACAGACACGAGAGUGCUAUCAACCUUCUCCUCCGCCUCAGCCAGAAAGCUGAAGCGUAUUUCCCAAAAUGCCCCACUGUUGCUCUGAAGGAACCCCUGCCUUAGCGAUGGUUUUGGAGAACUGGGAAAAUCUUCUACAAAGCAGGAUUGAAUAGCCAGGAACCCUCAUGUAAUUCAUCAUGUUUUAAAUAGUCAAACAUGGAUAUUGGUGAUGCAUCAAGUAACGGUAUCUGGAUCCUGCUUGUAGAACAGCUCCCAGCCCUGGGCUCUAGUCUAGUAAAGCUCUAUUUAAAUCUAUUGCUUCUGUGUGUACGAAGCUGCGAAUACAGUGACUCAGUCCUGGGACCUGUGUUUCUAAAACAAAGGGUUGAAAGAUAAAAACAAUAUGUAUUUAUACUCAUUUUUUAUGGUAAUAUACAAAAAAGAAUGACAUAUGUUUUGAAAUGAAACAUGCUUUUAUUGUUAAAUUAAUCAUGCUUUUUAAUUUCUCCUGAACUUAUUUUUUAUGUUAUCAUUUAAACCAUUUUUUUGUGUGUCAUCCCUUAUUUGACUGAACAGCAGUCUCCCCCCUGUUUGUGUCUGAGGUAGAAAGCUAUUUUGUGAGAGAUGAAUGAUGAUGCACCUUAUUUAAAAAAGAAUCGCUCUUGACUAAGCUUAAAAUGUAAUCUACCUUCCCUUGAUCCUCCCUUUUGAAACAGCAAACGUCCAGUAUACUAUAAUGGGGCUGGUGUGAACAAACAUUUCAGUGCAGCUGCUUCACACACCGUAUCGUAUUAAGUCAAAGCCCCCCAGUAUGUGCUGUUCUCUCCUUAAAGAAUCGACACACCAGACUCCAAAGUGAAAUCCAGUGAUUUAAUGUCGACCUUCCUCUUACAGACAUUAGAACUACAAUUACAUAUCUAUUACUAAGUACUGACUGCAUUUAGAUUUGUAUGAAAAUACAAUUCAUCUUGGUCCGUUGCCAUACUAUUAAAGUUAUUGGAAACACAAUAAAAUUGUGUUUGAUUAUGUGGUUUGGUGAAAUGUUCCAUAUCUGGAACUGUAAAUGAACUGAAAAUGUGUGUAUGUUUGGCUACUGACACCCAAAACGUAUGAGUUAGCUAUUCUCCUUCAGACCUCAGACUCUGAUAUAAUGGAGGACAUACACAUUUUUAGAAUUGACUCACACUACUCACUUGCCAAGCAGUGAAAGUAGAGUGUAUGUUGAUUAAAACAUUGUUCACUAUCGACUGGCUAUUUUAAGGAUUUAUUUCUAUGGACUUUGGUGUGACGUUCUCUCCCCAUACAGAAUAAGAAUAUUGUAUUCUAGAAAUAGUGAAAUAAGUUGUGCGUGGAAAGAAAAGACUACAAAGAGUGCAUUUAGAGAUUAUUCUCUCACUUUAAGACACUUAAAUGAAUUGCCUUAGUGUUUGAGAGAUGCCACAGCCCAAUUAGCAAGAACAAGUUUUAAUCAAGCAGUAUUUUACACGAGCCUUCAAGCUUGACAGAAAUGUUUAUGGGAUUGAAGAAAGAACCCCCCCCUCAAGAAGUAAAGAUCCGGUGCUUUUCCAAGAGAAAACUGGAAACGCAUUAAUCUGAAUAACAGGACAGAAACCUGAAGCAGGCUCUUCCACCCAAUGUCGUGUGUACUCCAGUGGUAGUGCUUACUCUGAAGGGGUGUCCUCUCGUGGUGUGUCAGGGUCAACAAGUCUACAUGUCCUUCUGUCUCCCCAGUGAAAACACCAUCCACCUCAUCCCAAUAUAGCUCUGAAAAAGAGGACUGAAUGCUGUUGUAUCAAUCUCAAAUCUAGUUAUGUUCAAAAUUACUGUAUUGCCCAUUUCAGAAUUUAGUGCCUUUUUUGGACAGUAGACUGUUCUGUAAUUAAGAUGUAGUAUAUAUACAUUUUUUUGUACAGUUUCUUUGUUCAUUUUUUUAACUUGUGUUUAUUUUAGUAUGAUAUAUAUAUAUAUAAUGUACAAGAGAAUAAAGCUAUAUCAAUGA